AUGGAUUCCAAGCUUGAAGAAGGGGCGACUGCCCAGCAAAUAGACAUUGAUGUCGGCAUCCUCAAAGAUGACAUCCCACCGUCCCAGGCAGGGCCCAUGAGCGAAGCAGAGAAGAAGCUUCUCCGGAAACAAGACCUCCGCAUCAUCCCAAUCUCAGCAGGCAUCUACUUCCUCUGCUUCCUCGACCGCUCCAACAUUGGCAACGCCAAGAUCCUCAACGUCUCGACCAACGACGACCUGCAGCAGACGGCCGACAUGAGCAACAAGCAGUUCAACGUCGCGCUCAUGGUGUUCCUUGUCGCGUAUGCCCUAUUCGAGGUCCCCAGCAACAUCCUUCUUAAAAAGCUGCGGCCGAGCAGGUGGCUUGCCUUUUUGAUGUUUUGCUGGGGCGUCACCACCAUGUGCAUGGGCGCCACGCAUAGCUUUGCUACUGUGACGGGUGUGCGAUUCUUGCUUGGAGUGUUUGAGGCGGGCUUGUUCCCGGGACUGGUCUAUUAUUUGACAUUUUGGUACAGACAUGAUGAGCGCAGUGUACGAGUUGCAUUUAUUCUCGCCUCUUCGACAUUGGCAGGAGCGUUUGGUGGUGCUAUUGCCUACGGCAUUGGCCAUAUGAACCAAACAGCAGGCUUGGCCGGCUGGCGUUGGCUUUUCAUCCUCGAAGGCAUUCCAUCCUGCCUAUCUGCGCUUCUCGUCUUCUUCUUCCUACCAGAUUACCCUGAGAGCGCCGGCUGGCUCACCGAAGCGGAGAAGGACAUCGCAGUCCAACGUCUCUAUCACGAGGGCAGCAAAGGCGACCAUCCCAGCAUGACCUGGCAAGACGCCAAAUCUACGCUCACCGAUUGGCGCCUGUAUGCCCACUAUGCCAUGUACUUUGCCGUCAGCCCGCCGUUUGCGAGUCUCAGUCUCUUUGCGCCAUCUAUUACCAGCGGCCUCGGAUAUGUUGAUCUGAAGGCGCAGCUCAUGACUGUACCUCCUUGGGUCGUUGCCUACGUCUGCCAAAUCCUCGUCGCAAUAUCAGCUGACCGAUUCAACGCCCGUGGAUUGCACGCCGCCGGUUGUGCCUUGGUGGGCGCUAUUGGCUUCAUUGUUUCUGCCGCCCUUCCGGCAGAUUCCUACAAAGCUCGUUAUGGAGGCCUCAUCCUUGCCACGGCAGGCUCAUUCUCAUCUAUUCCCCCAAUGCUGGGCUGGCUCACCUCGAAUGUUGUCAGCACCGCAUCUGUAGGCCUGGCAAUUGCCAUCAACGUCAGUAUCGGUGGAGGUUUUGGACAGAUUCCGGGUGUAUGGAUUUACAAAGCAGACGAGGCGAAGAAGGGCUACCCCACGGGGCAUUGGACGAAUGCGGGCUUCUUACUUUUCCUCGUGUUUGUGUGCCUUGGAUUAAGGGUGUUUUACGGGCGUAAGAACAAGGCCUUGGUCGCUCAUGGGGAGCGAGAGGGUGUGUCCGUUAGGCUCUACAAGCUUUGA